AUGGAGGAGGUUUCCAACGACCAUCCCCAUUUCUGGGGUGGCGUUGAUAACUUAUACAGUGAUGAUUCGGCUUCUACCGCUCAUAGAAACUCUGUAUCGAGUCACAUUUUUGCAAGCAGCCCGAGUGACACGCUUGGGAACUACACAUCACCACGUUUUCGCGAAGGCCUAAGCCCAAUGAUGACAGAUUUCCCGCUUGGAAACUUCAUCAAUGACACCUUUCAAGAUAACAUACCUUUAUACUCUCCUUCCUCGCAAAUAUCAAAUUCACCUCUGCAAAUUGCCUUUUUGGAACGUUGCGACAGUUCUAGUAGUUUAGAACAAGCACCCCACGGUAUCCCUGCAACGGAAAACCCUCACCGCCAAUCAACUGACGAGUCGGUCUGGGAUCAGUUGCAAAAUGUCAAGACCAAGUCAAAUUUCUUGUGUGACUGGAUGAAUGCCGUUCUAGAGCUAGAUAUGGACCCAGCACUACAAGGCUACCCUAGAAAUGUGCGCACACACCACUCCGGGCAGUACUCAGAGGUUGAUCCCAUCAGCCAAUCAGUUAUGGUCAACAACCCCGAUAUUUAUGACCGUGGCCAAGUGCAUAUCCCUUUACGGCCUAUCAGCUCUGUCACUAGUAGGGAGCUGACCACCGACCAAGAUGACAAGAGCCUGCGAGAAAGUAGUGAUAAGAGUCGCCGUAGUAGCGGUGGUAGUGAACGGAAGCAAGUUAAACGGAAAACAGCUCCAAAUAAGGAAGAGGAUAGUGCAGCUUCCACUACGAAGAAGCCGAGAUAUAUCUCGAUGCGGGACAUCAAGGAAACUCUCGGUUUCAGCCAUUCCGAUGGUAGAAGCGACAACGAGAACGCGAACGAAGAGAAUGCUUGUGGGGAUGGUGCUGGCUGGCAAAGAAUCUAUAGCAACUGGCGUAAGGAUAUAGCUAGUAUGGCAGUCGCGUUUGUAUCUCUAGAAGCAUUUACCAAGAGUACGAAAUAUCAAGACUCUGAGGUAGAUAGCAAUGGCCGGCGUCUAAACGUCAUACAUGGUACUUUCAAAUGGCGUGGUUGGAAUGAGAUGUCAGAGAGCGAACAGAAGGGGUUCCUGAAAUCCGCUUUUCGGCUUCCUUGGUUCGGAGUUACACAUUCGUCUGCAAAAAUUGACGAAUGGAUUAAAAAUGGAUUUUCAUCAACCGUGGGAGAAAAUAACGAUGUCAAUGCCAUCGUUGAUGCCGCAAAAACGGUUAUUCUCGAUGUCUUCAAGAAGCGAAAGGACGGAAUGAAAUCAGCCUAUAUAGAAGCGUACAUUGACGGCAUCAUAGAGAUGGACGCCAACGGCAUGAUAUCUGCUAGACUCAAAAGAGAUGAAAAAGGGUGUAUGGACAACAAUAAGUUUGAUCAAAGGUCAAAAUCUCAUCAGAAUCCGCUCGCAGAUGCCCUUAGUCCUGCUCCAAAGGGUCAAGAACUACCAGUCCGUUACCUUCGAUUUUAUCCUGACGAUGAUCCUAAUUUUGCUUCUAACUCCCUCGAUACCGCCUAUCCAUAUGAACCAGAUCCGAAUCUAUUCGCGUCGCUGGGCCGCCUGAAUACCCAUUCAGCAAAGAUAACGGACAUUCAGCUAGCUAUGACGGCACUAGAUGCUAAUUCUUCCCUCCGUCGGAUUCUUGGGAUGCUUAAGGGCGACGAUGGGUCUACGAAACAUCGAAUGGCAAUUUCCAGUGACCGGGAGUUACAAGCGUGGUUAAUGGCUACUGUUGCUUCGCGGGCACCUUUUGAUAUCUAUUGCAUUUUUCAGCGGAACCCUGCCACAAAUGGUGGAAGGCCAGACUCUCCACCUCCUAAACACUCUCGAUAUCUAAACUAA